GGGAGUCAAUGUUGUGGUUCUCCUGUGGAGAACGGGGUGGAUCCACUCCCUCUUAAUAUACCCAGGCUAAGGAGGCUGAGCCUUACAUCUAAGAGAAGAAGCAGAGCAGCUGGAGUACACACACACACUACAUACUACACACACUCACAUACAGAAACAGACAAACAGCAAGGCACACCGUCUGACACCGGCAGACAUCUGAAGUGAUUCUUGAGAGAGAGGACUUCACUUCCCAGAGUGACAUGCUGUGGAGGACAGCUCUCUUGACUGGCCUGGUGGGACUGUAUGUCAUCGUCACCCAGUGUCCAGCCACCUGCCAGCUGAGCCAGGAGGACACGGAGACCCUCAUGGAGCUGCACAACAGCUAUCGGGGCCAGGUGGUACCCAGUGCCACCGACAUGCGUAAAGUGAAAUGGGAUGAGAAGCUGAAGAUCCUAGCUGAGGGCUACGCUGUGAAGUGUAUGUGGGAACCGAACCCGGAUCUAGAGUUGCUGAACACAGGAGAGAACCUGUUUGUGUCCAAUGAGCCCUUGGACCUCAACAUGACCAUGGAGAAGUGGUUCAUGGAGCACCUAGACUACGACUACAACAACAACAGCUGCCAGGAGGACAGGAUGUGUGGACACUACACUCAGAUGGUGUGGGCGGACUCUCACUCUGUGGGCUGUGCUGCUCAUCGCUGUGACACCAUAGAGGGGCUGUCCUUCGAGAAAGUUAACUUCCUGGUCUGCAAUUAUUACCCAACAGGUAAGUCUAAGGAUGAGAAACCCUAUGAGGAAGGUGAAUGGUGCUCCAAGUGCCCAGACAACGUGCCGCGAUGUGAUCAGAACCUCUGCGUGCCUGAUGCCCCUGAGCCUUCAGAGGAGCCUGAUGUUGAGGAGCCUGAUGCCCUUGAGCCUUCAGAGGAGCCUGAUGUUGAGGAGCCUGAUGCCCUUGAGCCUUCAGAGGAGCCUGAUGUUGAGAAGGAGACAACAGAGAGCUUUACCCCACACACAGCCACCGCCACAGAGCCUGGGUAUGAGGAGGAGGGGGACGAGACAGGCACGGAGCCUGGGGACGAGGAGGAAGAGGAGGAGUGGGAGGGGGAGGAGAGAGCAGCGGAGAGGGAGAAGGAGAGGACUAGGAACCAACCUCCAGCCAAUGCAGGAAGGAUAACUACACCACUACUUCUUGUUACCAGCCUAAUGGCUUUACUCUCAGUAGGAUUGUGAGGUGAAGGUAUGAGAGUAAGGCAUGACACACAUACACACACUCUAUCUGGAACUGAACUGAACAUUGCUGGAAGUUGAAUUACAUUGUGCUAUAACCAUGUUUAUAGCAGAGGGAUUUGUUGAUGGUUAUUUUGUUAUUAUUUGCUCGCUAGUAAUUACAGUUGCUAGUUUAACAUAUGCCUUCUUAGCAAUAUCAAUAAGCACACAACAUACAACAGUUAACAAUGUAUUAUAACAGUUGUAUAAUAACAGUUACGACAUGUUACAAAUGUAACAGCAAUACAUUUUCUUAAAGCAAGGCACGUCCUCUAUAUGAAUGUGAUUCGUAAACCUAAAGGAGCAUAACUACUGUCAAUAUUGCAUAUUUCUGUAAAUGUCUGUAUAUAGAGUAUAAUAAAUAUUGUUUCUUCUA